UCAAUACAACGCAGGUAGAUCAAAGAUGGCGCCUGAUUUUUCUCUAGCUCGCCGACCGAAGUGCUUAGAGCUGCUACUGCUAGGUCGAAACACAUGUCGCCCGCAUCAGUACUGACAAUAAAUCGCUUUAGGAUCUUGUUUAUUUAAUGUUCCCAAGCAACUGCGGCUUAUGGAUGCGGUUAUUCUGACCAACAAAGCCCAAACAACUCGUUUAAAACCGCGAACAGCUCCAAACGCAACAGCUAACACAAGCUAACUGUGUGCUGUCUCAUUGAUACAAACCGGUUGAUAAGUAAAGUUUGACAUGUAGCGAGCCAAAGUGACGGUAUAUCAGGAGACGGCGGACAGAACAACGGUCGAAAGACAGUGAACAUUGUCGGUUAUUGGACCUCAAUUCAACAAGUGGCCUGAAAGAGAGGGAUGGCCAUUUUGCUCCGUUGGACAUGUAUCCCGAGGUCCAGUCCCACCACGUCAUUCGCUGGGUGGCUUUUUCUCGUGUUUCACCAGUUUCCCACCAGAAUACGAUCCAUCACGCUGGUUUUUGCUCAAGGACGCAGGGAGGAGGACGAUGGGGGCCGGUGGGGUUUCGCCCCAAGCCCUGCUGUGGCUCAACCUGUUUGGCCUGAUCUCUCUGGCGGCGCCCCUCAACCCGGACGACCCCAACGUGUGCAGCCACUGGGAGAGCUAUGCAGUGACUGUGCAGGAGUCCUACGCUCAUCCAUUUGACCAGGUCUACUACACCCGCUGCACCGACAUCCUCAACUGGUUCAAAUGCACCAGACACAGGAUCAGCUAUAAGACAGCCUACAGGAGAGGUGUGAGGACCAUGUAUAGGCGACGCUCUCAGUGCUGCCCAGGUUUCUAUGAAAGUGGAGACCUGUGUGUUCCGUUGUGUACUGAAGAGUGCGCCCACGGACGCUGUGUCUCUCCUGAUACCUGCCAGUGUGAGCCGGGCUGGGGGGGGCUGGACUGCUCCAGUGGCUGCGAGAGCGACUUCUGGGGCCCCCACUGCACUAACCGCUGUCAGUGCCGGAACGGGGCCAAAUGUAACCCGAUAACCGGAGCCUGCGUCUGCACCGACGGCUACCAGGGCUGGCGCUGCGAGGAGCCCUGCGACCCCAACUUCUACGGCAAAGACUGCCUGUUGGAGUGCCAGUGCCUCAACGGCGCCACCUGUCAUCAUCAGACCGGCGAGUGCCUCUGUGCGCCCGGAUACACCGGGGCCUUCUGUGAGGAGCCUUGUCCUCCAGGCAAACAUGGCUCCCUGUGUGAACAGCGCUGUCCCUGUCAGAAUGGAGGGACGUGCCAUCACGUCACCGGAGAGUGCUCCUGUCCCGCCGGCUGGGUGGGCCCGGUGUGCGCACAGCCGUGUCCCUUCGGGUCGUUCGGCGUCAAUUGCUCCCAGGAGUGCACGUGUCGUAACGGAGGCCUGUGUGACCACAUCAGCGGGCAGUGCCAGUGCACAGCCGGCUACAUCGGAGAGAGAUGCCAGGAUGAAUGCCCAGUCGGCACCUAUGGGCCACAGUGUGCCCACAAGUGUGACUGCCAGAACGGGGCCAAGUGCUACCACAUCAACGGGGCCUGCCUGUGCAACGAGGGCUUUAAGGGCCCCAGCUGCCAGGACCGCUUCUGUCCCAGCGGCCUGUACGGACUCAUCUGCGAUAAAUACUGCCCCUGCAAAGCUGCAAACACACUCAGCUGUCACCCUCUGUCGGGAGAGUGCACCUGUGCAGCCGGGUGGGCGGGGCUUUACUGCAACGAGACCUGCCCGGCAGGUUACUACGGCGAGGGCUGCAGAGAGCUGUGUUCCUGCGCUAACGGAGCCGACUGUGACGGCACCGCUGGAGCUUGUAUGUGUGCACCUGGAUAUAUAGGUGACGACUGCUCUGUCAGCUGCCCUGCAGGCCUGUACGGGACCAACUGCACCUCCUCGUGCUCCUGCCGCAACGAGAUCUCCUGCUCGCACGUCGACGGCUCCUGCAUCUGCGGAGAAGGUUGGCAGGGUGUGGACUGCUCCAUCCCCUGCUCCAGCGGCACUUGGGGACUGAGCUGCAACCAGACGUGUCAGUGCGACAACGGGGCGGCCUGCGACCCCGUCAAUGGAACCUGCACCUGCUCCCCGGGCUGGAGGGACGAGUACUGCGACGUCCCGUGUCCCGAGGGAUCUUAUGGGCUGGACUGCAGGGAGAGAUGUGACUGCGUCAACUCCGAUGGCUGCGAUCCGGUGACCGGCUUCUGUCGCUGUCUCGCAGGUUGGACAGGCGUCCAUUGCGACAGCGUGUGUGAGGAGGGACGCUGGGGACCCAACUGCUCCUACAGCUGCACCUGUGAGAACGGGGGCUCCUGCUCCCCAGAGGACGGCACCUGUGCGUGCGCUCCCGGCUACCGUGGCACCAACUGCAGGCGAACCUGUUCGCCUGGUUUCUACGGCCAACGUUGCAGCCAGUCGUGUCCUCAGUGUAUCCACAGUGACGGGGCGUGCCACCACGUCAGCGGCCACUGUGAAUGUCUCUCAGGCUUCUUCGGCUCCCUCUGCAACCAAGUGUGUCCCGGCGGAAAGUACGGCAAGGCCUGCGCCGAGACGUGCGUGUGCACCAACAACGGCACCUGUAAUCCCAUCGACGGCUCCUGUCAGUGCUACCCCGGAUGGAUCGGCGAGGACUGCUCCAAACCAUGUACUCAGGGCUCCUGGGGCCCGGACUGCAUCCACACAUGCAACUGUCACAACGGAGCCCAGUGCAGCGCUACAGACGGAGAGUGUAACUGCAGCCCGGGAUGGACGGGACUCUACUGUACUCAGCGCUGCCCCACAGGUUUCUACGGCUCUCAGUGUGCCGAGGUGUGCCGCUGUCAGAACGGGGCGGACUGUGACCACAUCACUGGACAGUGUUCGUGCCGGACGGGCUUCAUUGGACAGAGCUGUGAGCUCAAGUGCCCUGCGGGGACGUUUGGCUACGGCUGCCAGCAGCUGUGUGAGUGUUUGAACAACGCCACCUGCGACUACGUGACAGGAACCUGCUACUGCAGCAUCGGCUUCAAAGGCAUCCGCUGUGACCAGGCGGCGCUGAUGAUGGAGGAACUGAACCCCUACACCAAGAUCAGCCCGGCGCUGGCGUCAGAGCGGCAGUCAGCUGGUGCCGUCCUGGGCAUCAUCUUCCUGCUGCUGCUCAUCAUGGCCAUGCUCGGCCUGGUGGUCUGGUUCCGCUAUCGGCAGAGAGAGAAGGGCCAUCACGUGCCGAACGUCACCUACACACCGGCCCUGCACAUCAACUCCACCGACUACUCCCUCUCAGGGCUGCAGUGCACGGGCCUGCUUUCCUCUGCAGAUUCCUCUCCCAGUGACACCUCUGUAGGCCGCUGCUUCUCCAACCCGAGCUACCGCACCCUGGGGCCCUGCACCUACGCCGCACACUACGCCAAGCCGAACAAGAGGGGCUCCACCAAGAUGAAGACAAAGAAGCAGUACAGGAACAGUGCUCCAGAGUGGGGGGCCUACUGUAACCUCAGUGAGCUGGGUGUCUACUGCAUUGAUCGGCGCUACAGCUACCACCUGGAGCCGCGCUACAGAGACUACAUGAAGGGCUCCCUGUCCAGCACCUGCUCCCUCAACAGCGAAAACCCGUACGCCACCAUCAACGACCCCCCCGGUCUGUGUAAACACUCGGAGAGCAGCUACGUGGAGAUGAAAUCGCCGGCUCACCGGGAACACAUGGCGCACUGCCGCUCCGCCGCCAUCAUCACCACCACCACCACCACCACCACAGCACCCGCCAAGAACGUCUACGACAUGGAACCAACCAUCAGUAUCGUCCAGGGAGCAGGCGGCGUGGUGGUUCCCAGCUACCCUCAGAACCCGUACGACCUGCCCAGGAACAGCCACAUCCCCAGCCACUACGACCUGCUGCCUGUGCGCCCCAGCCCCUCUCACAGCCAAGGCCUCACCCUGCACAGCCACAGCCCCCCGCUGCCUGGCAGCCCCACCAGCUCGCUCCUCUAGACCCCCCAGCAACCAGACUGGACGCUGGACCAGGAAACUCUGAACUGGGACAUAACAGGAAAAGAUCUGUUUUGUUUUUUUAUUAUUAUUAUUAUUGGUAAGUGCAAAUGGACAUUGAGAGGACAAUUGACAGGUUUUGUUGGGACUAAUAUUUAUUUAUUUAUUUGUGUGCGCGUGGAAGGGGCGGGACUCUCCUCCUUGCAGUUCCCCGACCGUUGCGCUGCUGGUUGAUAUUUUAUCACUGUAUCACCGUAUAUCCAAACUGUUCGAGCUGUCCUUGUGCCGGUCAAUACUACAUAUUUGUGUUGUAGUGUAAAUUCCUCCUCAUCAACGAACGCGUCAACAGAGGGAAAGAGAAGGGAAUAUACACGUACGUAUGCACACAAGUAUACUUUUUAUCCUGGUAUGCUGACUAUCUCUGUCAUCCGUCAUAGGUAUCAUGGCUCACAGUGCAAACAAACUUGUAAGGACAACUUUCGAGAAAAGGCGUUCAUUACUCUAAUAUUCUCCCAAAAAAAAGAAAAAAAAAAAAAAGGAUAUAAAGAAAUGCACCUUUACUGCAUUCUGGUCAGAUUUACACAGGCUGUAUAUUUCUGGUAUUUUUACACAUCGUUUCUUAUUUCCUGUUUACAUAUUUAAAGAUCCUGCCGGGGAUCCCUAUUUUCUCUCUGGAAAGUUAUGUUUUUGUAUGUACCGUAGACAAAGUGGUGUAUUGGAUGUACACUUACUGUACACUAGUGAUGAUUAUUGUGAUUUUCUUUUGUUGUGUCAAGCUUAAUACACAUGCAUGCCAAAGAUUAUUCAAGACAUAAUAGUUAGCCAGGAACACCCUCAUAAUGUCCUUUGGUGCAAAUUGAUCACUGUCAUCUGACUGUCUCAACAUGGAAACGGCUCCGAUUCGAAACAUACUGUUUGGGGAACAAGCGCUGACGUAAUAGCUGCAGCGAGGUCAGAAGUGGAAGCACUUGCUUAUAAGAAAAAAGGCCAAUGAAGAUUUCACCUUCCUCCUCGGCUCUUAGUUCCAUUACAGCAUCGAUAGAUUUUAGUUCCCAAACAUGAAAAUGUGUUUCUAAUCUUGUCGUGGCAACUACUUCUUACAUUAAAUAUGAAAUACAGUCGUAAUGUAUGAAAUCCUGCUCAAUUUUCCGAUGAGAAACAGGUCAGUUUAGUUAAGAAUACUGAAAAUUAUAUCUUGGCAAAUAGCAAUAACAGGACAUGUUGACAAUCAGAUGUGAACAGCUUUGCUUUCCCACAUAUUUGAUUCCAUACUUUUUUUCACUUCGCUCUAACUUUAUCUUGUUGUACAUCUUUUUUCUUCAUCUUUGAUCCAAACAGUAGUUUCAGCUACAG